AUGGAAGACGUCCCCCUCGAGCACGGCUCUCCGGAGCACCUCCUCCCCCCAAGCUGGAAGACAAUGGUAACAGCCUGGCUCGCCGAAGACACGCCCUCCUUCGACUACGGCGGCUUCGUCGUCGGCGCCGCCCCGCGCACGGCAACCCUCUGGGGCAAAUCCGGCGGCAUCGUCGCGGGCCGCCCCUUUGUCGACGAGGUUUUUGCGCAGUGCGGCUGCGCGGUGGAGUGGCACGUCAAAGAGGGCUCGCACGUCGAGCUCCGCGGCCACGGAAACAACAACCCCAAGGGCAAGAUGCGCGUCGCCACCGUCACGGGCCCUACGCGCGGCAUCCUCCUCGGCGAGCGGGUGGCGCUCAAUACCCUGGCGCGGUGCUCCGGCGUCGCGAGCAUGACGCGCGGGAUGCUGGUGAACCUGCGCGCGGCGGGGUACGCGGGCGUGCUGGCGGGCACGCGCAAGACGACGCCCGGGUUUCGGCUGGUGGAGAAGUACGGCAUGCUCGUCGGUGGCGCCGACGCGCACAGGCAUGAUUUGAGCUCGAUGAUUAUGCUCAAGGAUAACCACGUCUGGAGCAAGGGGAGCAUCACGAAUGCGGUCAGGGCGGCCAAGAGCGUGGGCGGGUUCAGCUUAAAGAUCGAGGUUGAGGUGCAGAGCGAGGAGGAGGCGGACGAGGCGAUUGCGGCGGGAGCGGACGUUGUUAUGCUGGAUAAUUUUACCGGCGAGGGGGUGAAGAUUGCGGCCAAGAGUUUGAAGGAGAAGUGGGCGGGCAAGAAGCAGUUCUUGGUCGAGGUCUCGGGGGGCUUGACGUUGGAGAACGUCGAGAACUACGUGUGUAAUGAUGUCGACAUUGUUUCAACGAGUGCCAUUCACCAAGGCGUACCGCAUGUGGAUUUCUCACUCAAGGUUGAGCACUAG